AUGUCUGGCAUGCUUCGGAAUUUCUCGCACGGCCUGUGGGAUCAAUAUCCCAUCGGCACUCGACUCGACUCAGCCUUCCUCUCUCGUCGACAGAACCAAGUGUGGUCCGCCAUUUCCAACGCAGUCAUGCUUUUCUGGUCGCUCUUCUACAACCUGGGACGCAUCUGGCCGGUCCUGGCCAAGCCCUUGCUUGUUACUAAUGUCAACACGGAGCUUCGCAAACAUAUACCACCUGGCAGUCGCGCGGCUAAAAUAAUGUACAUAGCUGUUGCCUAUCCGCUUGGGUACACGCUUGUUGCAAUGGCCCUACUCCUGAUAAUACCGACUUUUAUCGCCGUCAUAGUCGUAUUGCCGAUUUUCGCUGUGCUGGUGCUGGGGCUAUGGGCUAUAUGCGUUGUUGCACUGUUCCUGCUUUGGUUGACACUCUACCGGUAUCCGGUUUUCGAACUUAUAUAUCCCAGGCUACGCAGACGGAUUCUCCUAAACAACUCUCAUGUCUAUUCUGGCCUUCCCCGAGAUGCCCCAAGCAUCCGCAUCUUACGGCUGAAACCAGGUACGAAAAGCGAAAAGAUCCAGUGCGAAUUGAUCGAGGGACCGCUGUCGGAAUUGCAAUUCGAAGCGCUUAGCUACGUUUGGGGGGUCACUAUGGUUCCCUACACAAUCAGUGUGAACGAAAGGUCGUUUUACGUCACAUACAACCUGUAUAGUGCUCUUCAAGAAUUGCGCUAUCCCGACCGUGAACGGCAGCUCUGGAUUGAUGCCGUAUGCAUCAAUCAAAACGACAAUACCGAAAAGAGCUCUCAGGUCCAGAUGAUGCGAGACAUAUAUGCCAAAGCUUCCAAGGUGGUGGUGUGGCUGGGUAAAUCGACUCGCGCCACCAGUCACGCUUUUGAGUUCAUAAGGCAAUUUGGGAUCGCAGAUGACGAUACAACGGAUGUGCUCUGGAAUGAUCUCAUCAUACGGCCAAAUUGGAAGAAAAUACGGGCUGAAUACGUUCGCAUCUGCUAUUGCGAGUGGUGGAGUCGUGCUUGGAUCAUCCAGGAGGUAGUGGUUGGCCAGCACGUUGUCAUGCAGCGCGGAUCACACCAGGUUGAAUGGGCAGCGGUCCACAAGUUGUUCACCUACAGACCAUUUGGGAAUGAUGAGUUUGGCGAUCACGAAGCCCCAUGGUUCGUCAAGAACGUGGAAGAUCUCCGAAAAGCAGUUGGCAGUGCUGAAGGCCCAGGUAUGACACUCGGUGACUUAGUGUGUCGAUUCAGAUUCCAAUCAGCGACAUUUGGAUCCGACAAGGUAUAUGCGCUGCUCGGUUUGCUCAGGCCAGACGACCCCUCUCUGAUGACCCCUGACUAUAGCAAGACACCAGAUGAUGUGUUUCUGCAGUUUACCGAAUCCUACCUACUCCACAACGGAAACCUUGACAUUCUCAGUCUGGCGCCUGGGGCCGAGUUGCAAAGCGUAAGUUGGUGUCGCGAUUGGCGACUCAACCAUGACGGCUCAUUCAAUGUAUGCGGAUUGUCGAGUCUACAGCCACCCAGGCUAUUUUCAUCAUCGGAAUCUCACCGGCCCGUGUUUGAAGUUGAUUCUGAGCGUCGCAUCUUAUCGCUGCAAGGAUACAGGGCUGAUGUUGUUGCAAGAACUGGAGAUUUCCAUAGCAGCUCGAGUACCAUGGGCGUCGACUGGGAUCUGGUCUUUCGCAGCUGGGAGCGUGUUGCUGGCGAGAAUCUCAGCAAUGCUGAUACUUCUGCUUCAAGAAUGUCGUUCAACCGGACUGUCACAGCCGACUGCUGGCAGACGGAGCCGCUGGACUGGAGGAAACGGAUCGUGCCUCGGCAGCGGCGUCGGCGCAACGAAGAAGACGCGUACAGGCUUGCGAUUGAAGAUGCCUGUAGCAACCGCCGUUUCUUCGUCACAACCAAAGGACGAUUCGGUCUAGGUCCGUGGAACAUGCAAAAGGGCGACGUCGUUGGUAUUCUGUUGGGCGGGAAGACGCCCUUUGUACUUCGGGGAUGCGGUAGCAAAAGCCUAUCCAGGCAUAAUUCCAUGGGUUAUCACAGGCUCAUUGGCGAGGCUUUCGUGGAGGGCCUAAUGUACCGCACCGGAAGCUUGGAAGCCGAUAAUAAUAUGGGUCGAUUUCACCUGCUGUGA